CCUAUACAGAUGUCAAUGAAAUAUGCUAUGCACAUGCACUUCAUCUUUAACUACAAUUUUAUAUUUUUUUAAUAUUUUUGAUGAAAUUAAUCUAAAUUUUCUUAGAGAUCAAGAAGCUUGAAGAAAGAAGGAAAAAAAAAACAACGUGCAUCCACUAUUUUCUCCGGAAAGAAGACCAAAUCUGCAAAUUCAUCACCAAAGAAUCAGAGAUGGAUGUUGUGCAAAGAAAAGUGAAAAAAAUUGGAAGAAAAGUUGCUUCUUUCCCUCAUGUUGAAACUAUUGGAAGAGCUCUCUUUGCCUCCUCCUUCUUCCUCUCUUCUUGGCAUGAUUACAUGGAGCUCAAAGCCAACUGGAAUGGAACAGAGGAUUAUUGGAGCCCAAAGUUUGGCUAUUCAGGAGACCAGAUUAAGCAUCUUAUGACAGUUAGUAUCAUUGUGAGAACUCUUGGAGGACUUAUCUUCAUCUAUGGCAGCUUCUUCGGAGCCUUUCUCUUGCUUAUGUACCAAGGCAUUGCUACAAUGGUUCAUCAUGAUUUCUACAAUCAUCGUUUAGAUACUGAAGAAUUUGGACUGCUCUAUCUCAAACUCAAAAGGAUUCUGAACGAAACAGUGUCGUACAAUACUGCAUACAAUCUCUACAAAUCAGACUUUGACGAGCAGCAGAUAGAGCAAGUGAAAUCAAAAUUCCGUGAGCUUGCGGAUCACGCGAUGACAAACCCUGCAUUGUUCGGACAUAAUGAGUUUCUUCGUCGGCUCUUAAGCUUCGUCAAGGGAUUGGCCGUAGUAGGAGCAUUGCUGUUUUUCGUGGAUAUGAAGUAUCGUCUCAACAAAGCCAAGAAGCAAUCCAAAGUUAAAAAUGAUUGAAAACUAAAAAGCCAUUACAAAUGCUUUAUCUUUAUGUGCUAUUGAACUAGAAUCAUAUAUCCAUCUUUUGACAAUCCAACAAAUAUGUUACCUUUAUUAAUUUGGUCUUGAUUUGAAUAAUGGAGCUAUAAUUAAUUCA